AUGGCAAAAUUAAAAAAACAAGUUGAAGUAACUGUUAAAAAGAGGAAAACUUGGAAAACAAAGAAUAAGAAUAAUGACAGCGCAAACACAUUUCCUGUAGAUUUACAAGAAAAUAAUGACAAUACUACAAGUACUUCUACGAAUGACGUUCAAGCCGUGCCACUGCUCGACGGACUGGCGCCCCGUUGCCCGGAGGAGUACGGCGAACAAGCGUACCCGCACCCUGAGGACUGCAACUCGUUCUUCCUGUGCGUGAACGGCACCUUGUCUCUCGAGCGCUGCGAGAACGGACUGCUCUUCGACGGCCGCGGUGGAGCGGUGCACAACCACUGCAACUACAAUUGGGCCGUCGAUUGCGGCAAACGACCGGCCGAUCUGACGCCUCUGAGCACACCCGGUUGCGAGUACCAGUUCGGCAUCUACCCGGGCCACGAGGCUUGCAGCACGACCUUCAUCAAGUGCGCCUACGGCGAGCCCCUCGAGACCCACUGCGACGCGGGCCUCGUUUACGACGACAAGAGCCACUCCUGCAUCUGGCCCGACCAGCUUCUCGAGUACUGCAACCCUGCGGAGGUCGUUGGCUUCAAAUGCCCCCACAAGCCUCCCAACGCCGCGGCCGCCAGGUUCUGGCCCUACCCAAGGUUCCCCGUGCCCGGUGACUGCGGACGCCUGAUAACCUGCGUGAAUUAUCAUCCUCGGCUCAUCACCUGCGGCGAGGACAAGCUCUUCGACAAGGAGACUCUGACCUGCUUGGACAAGGACGAGCUUCCCCACUGCGCAUAAAAAAAGGACGUGACGACAGCUUGAUGAAGGAAACUCCGAGUGAGACGGAAAAAAGUGCCUUGCAGUGUGGCCGUGUUUUGUCCAUGCGCAGUUGAAGGACCAUGCGUGUGGAGGUCGUUUUUGUUAAUUUUUUUUACAAAUUUUAGUACAAUCUUUUUUUUUUUUUUUUUUCACCGCGAAUAAACGUUUUGGCCGAAAUUUCAGAAGAAUAUUGUUUUCUUGUAAUAUAC